AAAAAAAAAAAAAAAAAAAAAAAAAAAAAAAAAAAAAAAAAAAAAAAAAAAAAAAAAAAAAACGCCGACGCUAUGCACGCACGCUCGCUCGCUUGCUCCAAUCAAUCCAUCAUCAUCAACCAUGCACGCGUACCCAAGCAAACACCACGAAUUACCUCCUCCCUCCUCAUUUAAUCAAUCCCUCACUCAACGCACUCAAUACGCCACCCCCCCAGCACCCUCACCCCCACCCCCACCCCUCCGCACACCCCACCCGCUCAGCCGCUCCUUCUCCACCCGACCCAACGGCCCACUCUCCGCAGACUCGCUCGUCAGCGCCCCGUUCGAGGCGCAGCUGCUGCUCGUGCCGCCGUUGCCGCUACUACUGCCGCCGUUGCUGCUUGCAGCUCCGAUACCCAAUCCGGCGUAGCCGGGGGCGAAGGGGUUGGUGAUGGUGCCGUUGCCGGCUGCAGGU